UUGUAAUCCGAACUUGGGGCUAACCAGCAUUCCCAAACACCCUCCUAGUCUCUAUUUUAGCAGGAAUUUUUUAAAUUUCUGGUUUCUUUGGUCCCUGAAUCUCCUUCUCCUUCUCCUGUUCCUUUUCGACGUCGUAGUCAUCUGCUGCUUCAUGGUCGGAUUUACGAAACAAUGAUUGUUUCUAGAAUUGGUCGUUCCCUCUCACGCUCGGGGCGUUCCAGCUUUCGGCAAAGCGGAUUUUUGGGUGGUUAUGCCGGAAGGACUGGCCUUCUGGAUGAAGCGCUUCUGCAAUCUUCACACGGAACUGCACCCCUUGGGGCUGAUGAUGUUAGAUUAGGGCUACUUCGAGGCUAUUUGACUAAUGUUGGAGCGCACAAGGCUUUCGUUUCGAGGACGCACUUGUCCGAUUUGAAUUCCAUUAUGGCAAGCCCUAGACUCCAUCGAUUCUUCUCCUGUGAACCCUCAAAAAAGCAAAAUUAUGAAAAUUACGUUCCAAAGGAUAAAAAGGAAAUUCCCAAAGGCAACAAUAAAAAAACCGAGUCCAAAGAGGAUUCAAGUACAGACGAUCAUGGGAAUUUUCAGGAGAAUUUCAUGAAGCAGUUGCAAAACUAUUUGACUCCUUUAAUAUUUUUAGCUUUAUUCCUUUCAUCCUUCUCGUUUGGUCCUCGUGACCAGAAGCAGAUCAGUUUUCAAGAAUUCAAGAACAAGCUUCUAGAACGUGGUCUCGUGGAUCACAUUGUUGUUUCCAAUAAGUCAGUUGCAAAAGUGUAUGUUAGGAGCUCCCCACAUAUUUCCAAUCAAACCAAUGAUGAUGUUAUCCAAGGACCUAUGGUUGGUACCCCCAGUAGAGGCAAUGUAAGUCAAUACAAAUAUUAUUUCAAUAUUGGAAGUGUUGAAUCCUUUGAGGAGAAGUUGGAGGAAGCCCAGGAAGCAUUGGGAAUAGAUCCUCAUGAUUUCGUUCCUGUAACUUAUGUCUCUGAAAUGGUUUGGUAUCAAGAGUUGAUGAGAUUUGCACCAACAGUUUUGCUUUUAGGAACUCUAUUGUACAUGGGACGAAGAAUGCAGGGUGGAUUUGGCAUUGGGGGCAGUGGUGGAAAAGGUGGCCGUGGAAUAUUUAAUAUUGGAAAAGUUCAAGUCACUAAACUGGAUAAAAACUCCAAGAAUAAGGUAUAUUUCAAGGAUGUUGCUGGUUGUGAUGAAGCGAAGCAAGAAAUUAUGGAGUUUGUGCACUUUCUCAAAAACCCAAAGAAAUAUGAGGAGCUAGGAGCAAAAAUUCCAAAAGGUGCCCUUCUUGUAGGCCCUCCUGGCACAGGAAAGACGCUUCUUGCAAAGGCAACUGCUGGUGAAUCCGGUGUCCCGUUCCUGUCUAUAUCAGGUUCAGAUUUUAUGGAGAUGUUUGUUGGAGUUGGACCAUCUAGGGUUAGGAGCUUGUUUGCAGAAGCCAGGGAAUGUGCUCCCAGUAUAAUUUUUAUCGAUGAAAUUGAUGCAAUUGGUCGAGCAAGGGGUAGAGGAGGCUUAACAGGUGCCAAUGAUGAGCGUGAAAGUACACUUAAUCAAUUGCUUGUGGAAAUGGAUGGAUUUGGAACCACUUCUGGAGUUGUUGUUCUGGCUGGAACUAAUAGACCCGACAUUCUAGACAAAGCACUCUUGAGGCCUGGUCGUUUUGAUCGUCAAAUAACUAUUGAUAAACCUGACAUCAAAGGCCGUGAUCAGAUAUUCCAGAUCUAUCUGACAAAGCUCAAACUUGAUCAUGAACCGUCAUAUUACUCUCAGAGACUUGCAGCCCUCACUCCUGGAUUUGCUGGAGCUGACAUUGCCAAUGUUUGUAAUGAAGCUGCUUUAAUUGCUGCAAGAAGUGAGGGAACACUGAUCAGAAUGGAGCAUUUUGAGGCAGCUAUAGAUAGGAUAAUAGGUGGUUUAGAGAAAAAAAACAGGGUAAUAAGCAAGUUGGAACGCCGUACGGUUGCAUACCAUGAAUCAGGCCAUGCUGUUGCUGGUUGGUUCUUGGAACAUGCGGAGCCCUUGCUUAAAGUUACAAUAGUUCCACGCGGUACUGCAGCGCUUGGUUUUGCUCAAUAUGUUCCAAAUGAAAACCUUCUGAUGACCAAAGAGCAGCUCUUUGAUAUGACAUGCAUGACCCUUGGGGGCCGAGCAUCAGAGCAGGUUCUGCUGGGAAAGAUCUCGACAGGAGCCCAGAAUGAUUUGGAGAAGGUUACCAAGAUGACUUAUGCUCAGGUGGCUGUCUAUGGUUUUAGUGACAAGGUUGGUCUCCUCUCUUUUCCUCAGAGGGAUGAUUCAUUUGAGAUGACCAAGCCAUAUAGCAGCAAGACGGGGGCUAUCAUUGACAAUGAGGUGAGGGAGUUGGUAGCCAAGGCCUAUGAGCGCACUGUGCAGCUGAUAGAGGAGCACAAAGAGCAAGUUGCACAGAUUGCUGAGCUGUUGCUUGAGAAAGAGGUCUUGCACCAAGAAGAUUUGGUUAGAGUAUUAGGGGAGCGCCCAUUCAAAUCCCCUGAGCCGUCAAAUUAUGAUAGGUUCAAGCAAGGCUUCCAGGAUGAAGAUGAGAAGAGUACAGAGACCACAGAGGCAGGGACUGUGGAGGAUGAUGGGUCACCUUCUCUUGGACCAGUUGUUGUCCCCACAUAGUAACUGGAGAAAUUGUGUGGUUGUAUAUGAAAAGGGCUUUUUUUUUUUUAUUAUUUAUCCCAUUCCCUUUAGACGAACUAACUGUACAAAUCAACGUAUUUCCUGUAAAGUU